AUGGACUCUUCCAAUGAGGCACAUAAAGACAAAGAGAGAGAAGGGGAAGAAGUGAGGUACCGUGGUGUGAGAAAGAGGCCAUGGGGUAAGUAUGGUGCAGAAAUUAGAGACCCUACAAAACCUACGGGAAGACAAUGGUUAGGAACAUUUGACACAGCAGAAGAAGCAGCUAGAGCUUAUGAUCGUGCAGCCAUUGGUUUGAGGGGUGCUCUUGCAAUCCUUAAUUUUCCUAAUGAGUAUUAUCCUCAUCUCACUUUUCUAUCAUCAAAUUCUUCUACUAUGGUAAUUGCAACUUCACCACGGAAGGAAGUUAUUGAGUUCGAGUGUUUGGAUAUAUAA